CAAAAAUGAUGUUACCAGGGGACUUCAAAACGUAUUACUAGUUCUCAUAAGAUUUUCCGAGACUAUAGUUGAAGUUUGAUCAAAGAUAAUGUUACCAGGGGAUUUUAGAACGUUGUAUUACUAGUUCUAACAAGAUUUUGUGAUACUAUAAUUGAAGUUUGAGUAAAAAUAGUGUUACCAGGGGACUUUGGAACGUUGUGUUACUGUUUCUCACGACAAUCUGCUCCAGGAAUAUAAUUGAAUUUUAAACAGUUUCAAUCAUAACAAUUUUACUGAGAAAAUACCAGAUAUGCAACCUGAUUGAAUAAUGGGAUUCUAGAGUGAAAUUUACUUUUACUAAUUAUAUAAACAAGAUGUCAGGUGGACCACCUCAUCAUCCACAUAAUAGGCAGAUUCCAACGUCCAACCUUGCCAAUACUGCUUGGAACCAUUUGCAGGUACCAAAUUAUUUUCCAAGACAGCCUCAAGUGGCACACAUGUCAAAUGAGCAUUCCUUACUUCAUCAACCGACAUGGCAUACCCCGACGACAGAAGCCUUGAAAAUACAUCCGCAUAGUCACGUCCUAAGUGAAAUGUUCAAAAAUGAAACUUUAUUUCCAAGAGACAGAGACUGUGUAGAUUUAAGUUUGGCAAGAAACGGUAAUCAAAACGGCGAACUCCCACCAGUUCCGAUAAGUUUGAGUGUUAGAGAUACAAAUAAAAUAAACAGUUUACCCCCUAGUGCUUUAGAGAUACAGGCAGUAGAACUUACGAAAAGUACCAGUCCAAUUGCAAAAGUCGUCACUCCAGCAAUACAAUCCGCUAGUCCUAAUAGAAAGUCUUUAAGUCCUGGUUUGAAAUCUUCUAGUCCCGGACUUAGGACCGUUCCACCAUAUCCAAAAACUUCUAGCCCCAUAUUAAUAUCAACAGCCUCGAAUAUUUUCCCACCUAGUUCCAGUAUACUUUCAACUACUAGAAAUAUUAAUCAAAAUCUGGUAUCAAGUUCGUCUUUAAAAUCUGCAAGUCCUGUUCCAAAAUCCGUUAGCCCAGGACUCAAACCUUCUAGUCCAGGUAUGAAACCUGCGAGUCCCGGUAUAAAGUAUGCCCCUAACAUACAGACUUUAUUUCCAUCUACUACCGCAACAUUAGACGUAGUAAAGACAGUUCAAAAGAGAUCUAAUAUUAGAGUAGAUUCCAUAUUGGAACGACUCAAUCCUACCUUAGAUAAAAUAGUAUCGGUUCAAGAAAAUAAACCCGAAGAAAAACUUAAUAAACCCCAAGAAGUAGAGCAAGAUAAACCGGUGAGCGUUAUUGUUCAACCAACGGGCAAUUUCGAUGAUAAUAGCAACUCUAGCAGUAUUAAUAAUAUACCGGCGAUGUCGAAUGUUAAAGAUGAUGAUACUGUUUCUACUAAUAGCAAUGACGAUAGUUUAGAUAGUACAAAAUCCCGUAGGAAACGCAAACCCAGUAAAACUAUUAGAGUAUCCAAAGAUGAAGAGAAAACCGAAGAACCAAUAGACACAGAUGCCCCGAUUAAAGAAGCCUCAGCAGAAGAGAAAGAUCCAAUUAGUAUGAUGGGAGAGAUGUUGGAAGACGGUAAAAAUCUGGAUAAAGAAGAAUUACCUAGUGACCUUGAUGAGUUGAUUCCGGCGAAGGCUAGACGUAAAACUUCAUCGGAAUCAGAAACUAUAGAUGACAUAGCAGCUAUGGUGCAAGAAGGUCUGAAAGAAAAAGAACAAAAACAGCAAAAGUGCUCGGAAAAUAUCGUGGAAGAACCGAAACCUGAUACUGAAACCAAACCGAUAUCUGUAAGCGUUAUCAAAACAAAGGAAAAUCUUACUGAAGUUUUAUCGGAUAAUACCAGCAGUAUUCCUGUUUCAUCUACCCCCCCUGUCGCUACACCGGCCGCCAAAAAAGCCAACACACAUUUUGUGGAAGUAGAAAAUAAAUUGGAGGAAAUGUUUGCAGGAAUUGAAGAUUCGAGCGAUCCGGUUAAAUCGACGAAUAUCGAUUUGGAAGAUUCGAAAAUCGAAGACCCUUUAUUGAAACUCGACGACCCCUUGCCGUCUAAUAACGAACCCAAAGAAGAACCUAAAGACCAGUCGGGGGAAGCUGAAGAACCCGAUGUCGAGGAACAGAUCGGUUUUACGGAAGAAAAAAAAUCGCAACCAAAGAAACCGAAACGUAUACAAGGUUCGGAAUCGACGCCGAAGAAAAAGAAGGCGAGUAAUAAGUCGAAGGGCCAAGCGAAAAUCGGUAAUAGCAAUAAGAAAACGGCCAAACAGAAAACGGGGGGGAAAAUAGACCAGGUGGUAGCUAAAGAUGUUUACGCUUACGAUUCCGGUAGUAAUACCAGUUCGACGAAAUCCAGAGGUCCUUUUAUACAAAUAAAGGGUCCCAGGGAUUCGCCUUUAUCUGUUAACGUGAUCAACUCUGCCGCCAACGAGGAAGACGGCGAAAGAAAAUUACCGAAAUCCAAAAAGUUCCAUGACGAUACGGAAUAUAGACACAAGGUUCGUUCCAAGGGGCUACAUUCCAGCACGCUCAGCAACAAGUAUGAUGCGCAGACGCGAGACGCCACGUGGAUAUGCGCGUUUUGUAAAAGAGGACCGCACGCCAGCCAAUUGACAGGACCAACUUUUGACAGGAAUAUCGAACCGCCCGGUGAUCUUUUCGGUCCUUACUUUAUUACCACGCAGUGUCCAGAAUUUGAAAGGCGAUUGGACGAUCCGUACGAUAGACAAUUCAAAAGUAAAAAAGUAACGAAAGCCCUUGAUGAAGCAGCACUGGUAACCAAAGGUAAAAAAUCCAAACGGAAACAUUCCGAUAGUGACUGUAUGUCGGAAAGCGAAUUAUCCGAUAUAUAUUUGGGUAUAACGGAAACUUCAAAUAAGACAUACGAAAUUUGGGCUCACGAAGACUGUAUCGUGUGGUCUAACGGUACUUAUCUAAUUGGACCUAAAAUCGUAGGACUCGAAGCCGCAGUUUGGACUAGUUGUAACGUUACGUGUAAAUCGUGUCAUUUGAAAGGAGCCAAUAUAUUGUGUUUUAGACGGGGGUGUUUGAACGCUAUGCAUAUUUGUUGUGCCAGAAGCGAAGGCUGGCAAUUUUCGGAAAGUAAUUUCAAGGUGUAUUGUCAGGAACAUCGGGUUCCAUGACAAAAUCAUCAAUAAGUGUUGGAAUUUCAUAAAGAAAAGAAAAUUUAGCAACUGUUCCUCUUAUUUUUUUUUUAACUUAAUGAAUUAUCAAAAUUUUUUGGAAAAAUUUAAUUAUUUCAUUGAAAGUUUGCUACAAUUUUUUCCUUUAUGGAUUUUUUUACCUUGUGGAAGCUGAAUUAUCUUAAACUCAGAUUUGAGGUUAAUUGUGAUGGUAUUUUGUAAUUUAGACCAAGUCGGUUUUUUUCUUAAGUCUUUUUAUUUUGAAAAUAGUGUGUUAUAAUAGAUUUUUUUAACCGUUGCCACGUUGUAUUAUUUUAUGCUACCAUUUUGUAUCAUUAAAUGAUAGUAAAGUUACUAAUCAUUUCGAGCAGUUUUAUGGAUUUUUAAAACGGUGUUUAAACUCAAAGAAUAAUGUGGAAACCGAAAAAAUUGAAAAAUUACAAUCAGAUAAGGAUAGAAAUAAUCAGUUUUUCAUAAAAUACAACAAGAACUCAAAAUAAAUUCCAUUUUUGAGAAAAUAUAACGAAUAUAUUCACUUUUAUAGACAAAUUUCUCUUUAAAUAGUUUUUUCGAUCACUUUUCCACAAUUCUUCGAAUGGAAAACUAUCAACGUGUGAAUUUAGAUUAAUUAUAACAAAAUUUGUACCAUUACAUUAUUUUAAUCAUAAAUAUUGUUUAAAUUUGAUUAUUUUUAUAUUAGAUAUUUUCUUUUCCAUAGAAAAUUGUAAAAUUUUGUUAUCUCAAAAUGUAUGUUGCAAAACAAUUAAAAUGAUCACACUGUUCUUCGAGUUGACUCAGCAAUGGAAUUUUAUAUAUCAUUCUUUACAAUAAAUUUUAUUGUCAAUACAAAAAAAAUACUUCUUGUCUAUUGGGUAGUUUGAAAAUAUAUCAUAGAAAUAGAAUAACACUCAAUAGACAACUUAAUAUUUCAUUAACUAUUUUUUAUUCUGGUUUUUAAUCAGUCCUGUAUAGGGCGUUUCAUAUAAAAAUCCUCUUCAACUCAUAUUUUAGUUUUUAAGUUGGUAGGACUUCUAGAAGAGGCCCUCCAUUGAGAUAGCCAUUGUUUUACCACAAUUCGCUAGCUUCUAAUUGGUGUUUAAGCGCCUCCAUCUAUUAAAAAAAUCUACUACGACUAGGCAUUCUAGUUUUCUAUGUUAUUUGAUCCUGCAGGAGCUAUUUCCAUUAAGACAGUACCAUUUUCACCCGGAGUCUUAUUCUUCUGCUUAGACAGGUCCUGGAGGAGCUUCCUCUAUUAAAAAAAGACUAUUCAUUGCUCUAGCAUUCUAGUUUUUUUCAUUGUUAGAUCCUGCAGUAGCUAUUUCCAUUGAGAAAGUCUUAUUUUCACCUGGAGUCAUAAUCUUCUGCAUAGAUAGGUCCUGGAGGAGCUUCCUUUAUCGAAAAAGCAUCUUCUUACCUCUAGCAUUCUAGUCCAUUGAUUCUGCAGAAGCUAUUUCCAUUAAGACGGUACCAUUUUCCCCCGGAGUCUUAUUCUUUUGCUUAGAUAGGUCCUGGAGGAGCUUCCUCUAUUAAAAAAAGACUAUUCAUUGCUGUAGCAUUCUAGUUUUUUUCAUUAUUAGAUCCUGCAGUAGCUAUUUCCAUCGAGAAGGUCUUAUUUUUACCUGGAGUCAUAAUCUCCUGCAUAGAUAGGUCCUGGAGGAGCUUCCUUUAUCGAAAAAGCAUCUUCUUACCUCUAGCAUUCUAGUCCAUUGAUUCUGCAGGAGCUAUUUCCAUUGAGAAAGUCUUAUUUUCACUUGGAGUCUUAUUCUUCUGCGUAGACAGGUCCUGGAGGAGCUUUCUCUAUUAAAAAAAGACUAUUCAUUGCUGUAGCAUUCUAGUUUUUUUCAUUAUUAGAUCCUGCAGUAACUAUUUCCAUCGAGAAGGUCUUAUUUUUACCUGGAGUCAUAAUUUCCUGCAUAGAUAGGUCCUGGAGGAGCUU